CUGGUAUGAUGAUGUCAUUUGGAAGCGCCAGAGAGGCGAGGAGCGAUCAGGCUAACAGGCUAAUUCUCAUUACAACACGACAAAACCCUCAGAAAAACCUGAUUUAUUCAGUUUUACUGUGUUAAAUUACUCAUAAUGUCUCUGGAGACGGUGCCCAAGGACCUGCGCCACCUGCGGGCGUGUCUGCUGUGCUCUCUGGUGAAGACUAUCGACCAGUUUGAAUAUGAUGGCUGUGAUAAUUGCGAGUCAUAUCUACAGAUGAAGGGCAAUCGGGAGAUGGUUUAUGAAUGCACAAGCUCAUCGUUUGAUGGUGUUCUUGCAAUGAUGAGUCCUGAAGACAGCUGGGUGGCCAAAUGGCAAAGAAUAGGAAACUUUAAGGCGGGUGUUUACGCUGUAACAGUGACUGGCCGAUUACCACCAGGUGUUGUGCGAGAGCUGAAGAGCAGAGGAGUGAUCUACAGGUCCAGAGACACAGCAGUCAAGACAUAAACAGGAAACAGAAAUUUUGCCAGAGGAAUUCCAGCUCCUUACCUUGCAGAGAAACAUCAAUGUACAGCCAGACUGUGUUUAAUUACUCGGCUCAGUUGUAGACAGUGCUGUAAUGUUUAUUUGCAUUAUUUCUUUUCUUUUUUUCUUCUUGUUCUAAAAUGAUGUGAUGUAAUUUUAUGAUUUAAUGUCUUGCAGAUUAGUCUUAUUUUUCCUUCACAAUAUUGUUGCUUUGUCUUAGAACUCCGUUUUGGACUAGUUAACCAAUAAUGAAUCUCAAUAAAAACACUUUUUACCAAAUAGA